AUGCUUCCAAACUUCAACGGGUUUCCUUUUCGUCGAUGUGUCAACAAAAACAUCUUUACAUGGUUCGUUAACAUUACUUUGUUUCUUCUGUCGUUAUCAAGUUUGUGUUUUGGUCAAAUCGUGGCUUCUAGCAACCUGACUCAUCACGAUGAAUCAAGUGAGCGAACGCAUCGCGUUAGGGCUACAUUUCCACCGCCAGAAAUCGAACCAGAUAUAGUCAUUGGAGGUCUUUUCCCAAUCCAUGCAAGAAACGUCAGCAAAAAUGGUCCUCCUAAAUGUGGCACUCUCAACAUAGAACGGGGAUUUCACCGUUUGGAAGCUAUGAUCUUUGCUGUAGAUCAAAUCAAUCGAAACCCCAAUAUUCUUCCAAACAUAACUCUCAGUAUGUCUGCCUAUGACACUUGCGAUUGGUACACAAAGGCGCUAGAAGAAUCGCUCGAGUUUGUCAUGGAGUCGCAAUCUAAGACCAUUUGUGAAGCAGGGAAUACGCCUGCUUCGCCGGCGUCAAAGAAAAACAAAAUAUUAGCUGGAGUUGUCGGUGCGGCAUCAAGCUCCGUUUCUAUUCAAGUUGCGAACCUUUUGCGGCUUUUCAAACUGCCUCAGAUAAGCUACGCAUCGACCACGCCUGACCUCAGUGACAAAACAAAAUACGACUUUUUCAUGCGAACUGUUCCCCCUGAUAAUUACCAAGCCCGGGCAAUGGUCGAUGUUGUCCGGGUAUUGAAGUGGACUUCCGUAUUCACAGUCCACUCCGAGGGGAUUUAUGGUGAACGAGGAAUCCGAGAGUUUUCGAACGGAGCAAAAGCCGCAAAUAUUUGCAUCGCGGGUUCGUAUAAGAUCGAAGGCUCCAACAACGAGAUGCAAAUAAAAGACAUCAUAACAGAUUUUGGAAGACAUGAGCAAGUCCGUGGAGUGAUUUUGUUUUGUACCGAUACAGACGCAAGAAGGCUUCUCAGAGAGGUGAAGAGGCAGAACAGGGCCCAGCACUUCAUAUGGGUGGCAAGCGACUACUGGGGAACAAGAAAGAAGACCAUCAAAGGCCUAGAGAAAUAUGCAGAAGGCGCCAUAACUAUUAGUCUGACGGAAGCCCUUGAUCCAAAGUUCAAAAACUACUUUACUUCUCUUAAACCAGGCACAAACAGGACCAAGGUGAAUCCCUGGUUUGAUGAGUUUUGGGAGAUGAAGUUUGGCUGCAGACUACAAAACAAUGAAAGUUCCUGUUCUAAAAACUAUUCCCUGGCAGCAAGCGAUGUGCGUAUCGAUGAUAAAGUGCCUUUUCUCAUUGACGCCGUGUACGCUUUUGCAUAUGGUUUGGACAAGAUGUACAAACGCAUGUGUGAAGCACAGAACGGUCUUUGCCAAAGAAUGUUAAAAGAAUUCGAACGCAAAAACCUGCGCGAUGAGCUUUUUAACUUGACUUUUAAUGGAGUGACAGGCGCGGUAAGUUUUGAUAAGAACGGCAAUGGUCCCGGGCGAUACGACAUUUAUCGCCUGGAACGCAGUCGAUACAGAAAAGUUGCGUCCUGGAAUGGGAAGCUGUACAACGCAACGAGGCUUUUUCAAGGAGGCAAAAAUGGUACGAUUCCUUUGUCAGAUUGCAGUUCACCGUGCGAGGCCGGGUAUCGAAAAAUUUUUGACAAGGAGGGAUCUUGUUGCUGGAACUGCGAACGCUGUGCGGAGGAUUAUUAUGUAGAAGGUAAUCACCACGUGAUUGGUCUGUGUUUGUUUAUAUUUUUGUCUAUUUGUAUGUCUGUUUGCCUGUCUGAUGGUUUUUAGGUCUGUCGGUCUGAUGGUCUUCAGGUCUGUCUGUAUGUCUGUCUGAUAGUCUGUGUGUUUGUCCGUCUGAUGGUCCGUGUAUCUGAUGGUCUUUAGGUCUGUCUGAUCGUCUGUGUCUGUCCGUCUGAUGGUCCGUGUGUCUGAUAGUCUUUAGGUCUGUCUGUAUGUCUGUCUGAUAGUCUAUGUGUCUGUCGGUCUGAUGUCUGUGUGUCUGAUGGUCUUUAGGUCUGUCUGUAUGUCUGUCUGAUAGUCUGUGUGUCUGUCCGUCUGAUGGUCUUUCUGAUAGUCUUUAGGUCUGUGUCUGACUGUGUCUGUCUGUCUUUUACAUUAUUCUUUAUUUUUGAAUUAAAAUCGUUAUUUGAGCUUACAAUACAUUUGUAAGCUCAAUGUGACUGUAUUUGUAGGGCAUGAGACAUAUCUAUUAGCACAAAAUAAAUGAGCUUUACCAUUUGGUGAUUUAACCGAACAUUGUUAAAACAAAGCUCUGGAGAAUGAGGGUCGUAUCGCUAUAAAACGCCCUCACAUAAAAUUAUUAGGAUUUGAAACAAAUUAUUCAGGAAACCGUUGUUUACUUGAUUUUAUACUUUUUCUUGUUUCCUUGAUGGUAUUCUAUCUCAACUUGUCUUUCCAUUUUGCCUACCUGCAAAGUAAGGUCCUCACCAAAAUGGCCCUUGGACUGGGUUUGCUUGGUGAGCGGGGGAAUUUCAUAUAGGUUAUUUCAGAUCGGAGACCGAGAUUUUAUCGCAGUGAUCGGGUUGAAUAUUCAAAUACAGGAAAUUUGUUUUUAGCCUGGUUACCGAGAAAAGCCCGAGAUCUCUGCCUCUCGCUCAGUCCAUAUUCACGUUUUAAAACAUCGAUAUUUUACGACGAAAAUAGAGAGACGAGGCUAUAUCAUGAGAGGCGAGAUAUUUGAGUCUGACCCAAUCUUGUUAAUCAUGGUCCUAUUACUCAGGCAUACGUUGCUUUCAAUCCGCAGAUGAGACAAGUUGUAAACUGUGCCAAAAAGGACAACGGCCUAAUGCCAAAAGGAACGGCUGUGAACCACUGCCUCGACGUAACAUUGCCGGAAGCUGGAUAGUUAUGGUCAUGUUAUUUUCUGGCCUCGGCAUCAUGUGCACAAUAUUUGUUGGGACCCUAUUCCUCAUCAACAACGACACCCCUCUGGUGAAAGCCUCCGGAAGGGAACUGUCAUGCACACUACUCUUCGGCUUGUUGUCUUGUUAUACAUUUUCGUUUUUCAUGUUGGCCGAGCCUUCGCCCUCCAUUUGCGCCAUCCAGCGGUUUGGCCUGGGAUUCUCGUUCUGUGUAUGUUAUGCUUCCAUUCUCAUCCGAACCAAUCGAAUCGCAAGAAUUUUCGAGAGGAGCAAUCGAUCCACGAAACCUCCUCUCUUCAUCAAUCCAGCGUCACAGAUUGCAAUACUGACAGUUUUUGUCAGUAUCGACAUUGUGUUCUCAGUCAUUGGUCUAGUAAAAUGGCCUCCAGAAAGAAUCCUUGCCUACCCAACAAAUAAAGACGUUUUACUGAUAUGCAACAUUCAAGAUUACGAUUUGGUUUUCGCACUGACGUACAACGUCUUGAUUAUCAUUCUUUGUACAUUCUACGCCUUUAGAACGCGUAAAACGCCAGCGAACUUCAACGAAGCCAGAUACAUCGGAUUUGCCAUGUACACAACUUGCAUCAUUUGGGUGGCGUUUCUUCCCGUACAAAUAGGCGUGAACAAAGACUACGCUACCAUAACACUUGCAAUUAAUACGACUUUGAACGCCACAACUCUGUUACUGUGUAUUUUUGGACCCAAGGUCUACAUCCUCGUAUUUAGGCCCACGAGGAACCUUCGAAGUAGGUCCUUAAAUAGUUGGCGCGCACAAGACGCUGAAAAUGUCCCCAAUACACAAGGUAGG